AUGAAACGAGGCCAACAUUGUGCACAGUGCCCCUUGAUAUCGAAGUGCGACUACAUAGGACGAUUGGAGAUUCAGCCUUUCAUCUCAAAUUCUAGCAAUGCUCUGAAGCUUGAAAACUUCCCAGGUGGGUCUGAAACAUUUGAAACAGUUCUUAAGUUCUGUUAUGACCUCCCAGUAGACUUCAGCCCAGAUAACAUAGCUGCACUAAGAUGUGCAUCAGAGUUCCUAGAGAUGAUCGAAGAACUAGAAGAUGGAAAUCUAAUUUCCAAGACUGAAGCUUUCCUCACCUUUGUUGUGCUUUCUUCAUGGAAAGACACUAUCACUGUUCUGAAAUCUUGUGAAAACCUAUCUUCAUGGGCUGAAAACCUCCAAAUUGUAAGAAGAUGUUGCGACUCCAUUGCGUGGAAGGCUUCUAAAGAUGAUCGCACAAGUGAGGAUGCAGCGCCAAAUCAAGAAAGCUGGUGGUUCAAUGAUGUGGCCACCUUCCGCAUUGAUCAUUUUAUAAGAAUCAUUUCUGCAAUAAGGGCAAAAGGAACCAGAGCAGAGAUCAUCGGUAAGUGUAUCAUAGAAUAUGCCAAGAAAUGGCUGUCAGGAAUGGAUGUGGAGAUAGAAGGGCUAAGAGGAUAUGGACAUGAAAAGUAUAACCUACAAUUCAGUAUUUUUAGUGGGAAGAAGAAAGAGAGCAGUGGGCACAACAAGGAGCAAAAGACAAUUAUUGAAACCCUGAUAAGUAUUAUUCCUCCUCAGCCAUAUGCAGUCUCAUAUAAGUUCAUGUUGCAGUUGCUAAAGAUGGCCAUGAUGUAUUAUGUCUCACCAGCUCUCGCAACAGAACUUGAAAAGAGAGUGAGUAUGGUGUUGGAAGACGCUGAGGAGAAAAGGUGA